CUAAAGGCAAUGUAGAAUCACACAAACAGGUACAGACGAACACACCUUAGGAUCUGUAACAAGCUGGACCUGUCGGAUGAUCUGUUCCAAUUUUUCAUCCUUUUUUGUUUUGAUGUCACUCUAGGAGGCCUGUUAAUAGAAGAAGGCGACACUAUAUUCUGAGUUAGAGCGUUUUUCUUGCAAGCAUUCUCUUGGGUCCAUGGAUUGUAAACCGCUUCUACGUUCGUCCAUUAUUCCAGAGCCUACAGACCUUCUUCAUUCAGAAGUAUGGACUCAAAGUAGCUCGGAGAACAACCUCAACUUUAUUUGUGAAUUCAAGCCUGAGCCUGGUCCACCACAGACAUCAGAUGAAGAAGACUGCAGUAACGUGGACUGCAAGUCAGUUUCAGUCCUUAUCCCUGCGCAGUGCAGCAUCUACCAGCUGAGACUACGCAUCUGCAUACAGGCUCAGGAACAAAACUGCCAUCCAGACCCACUGUCAAUACUGGAUCCACAGAAAUACACUCUGCUUUAUGCCAGGGGAAAAGACUGGUAUGAGGCCUACGAUGACUGUCAAGUUAUCAGGACGCUGGACAUCCCAUGGUCAUGUGACGACACUGGCCGUCUGUCAGCUCACAUAGUUGUCACACCACCGGUGGCAGUCAAUUCAAAGAAGAAGCAGAAACAGCAGGAGCUUCUGAGUUACCUGAUUGGUUAUGAUCUCGAGAAAGCAGUCUCAGACAGACUUGAUGAGCUCACAUUCACUCGCAGAAAACUGGCAGCUCCCAGAAGACAAGAGCUGAGGAAUCGGGAUGAUGAGUUUUACGCGACAGAACCUUGGAUCACAUGCGCCCCCAUCCCAAAUGAGCUCCAAGAUCAGCUUAAAAGGAAGUUCCCUGUUACCUUCCAUUACUUGAGCCAGAUCAGCUACAGCAUACAAGCUGAUUUUAGUGCAACACCAAAUGUUCUUCUUCAGGUAUUUAGAAGGGUAAUGAAUGACCGGGGGACUGAAUAUGACAGUUCUGUUCCCCUAGUGUUGAAAGUUUCAGGACGAGAGGAGUUUUUAACUGGAGACAAUGUCCUCAGUGAUUUCCUCUGGGUUCGAGAGUGUCUGAAAGCAAAUCAAGACCUCCAUCUGUCUGUGGUGCCUGUGUCACAGUUUGUGAAUGAGAUGGUCACGUUCGUAGACUGGCCGCUUGUUGAUGGUUUUAGUGGCCAGUUCAGCUCACACGAAGAUCUCCGCCUUGACAAGAAAGAUCUGGAUGACAUCUUCAUGAUAUCUUUGUGGGAUUGCAACAGAAAAUUGCGUGUCAAACUGCUUGGUUUUGACAUGCCAGAAGUUCCAAUCAAAUAUCCCCAGUCUGUUUAUGUAGAAGUCUCCAUACUUUAUGGCAACAAAGUCCUUGCAUCAGUGGCCUCCCUUCCCAAGGCCUUUGCAGAUGAGGUGCUCUGGAAUGAGUGGCUGGAGUUUGAUGUUCUUCUUAGUGAUCUGCCACGUGGAGCAAAGCUGGGUUUUACGAUUAACGCCAGCGCUAGUGACAGUGUCUCAGUGGCUAAAGAGCAAAAGCCUUCAUCAAUGAAAGACACAAAGUCCUCAACAAACAAAGAAUCAAAGUCUCCAAAAACUAAAGAUGCAAAACCAGACCUGCAGAAAGGGAGAGGGAGGGUGCUCUACUUUGUCAAUCUUCUCCUAAUAGAUCACAGGUCUGUCCUCAGUCAGGGCCCCCACACCCUCCACAUGUGGCCCUACCCUGAGCAGGAGGAAGAGGCCAUCACUUACCAGGCAGACAAAUUGUCUUCUGCUACUAACCCAGACAUAGAAAAGUCCAUGGCUAUCACCUUUCUCCUCGACCGCUACAGCUUCCCUGUUGUUCUCCCAAACAUGUUCAGUCUCUCUGAGGGUUCCAGCAGUCCUACUUCCAGUCUUUCUCCAACAAACCCUACAGCUUCAGCCACACCCUCACCGAGUUCAACUUUCCCCAACACAGAUUGCUCCUCUCCGAAUGUGAAUUCUCCUCCACUGACUGAGGGUGUAAACCUCAGAUCCACAUCUUCAGCGCACACCGGCAACCUCAGAAGAUUCAGGGAGGAGAGUGUCCGCUAUGCAUCCAACCUUCCCCAGUUCUUGCGCAGUGUUGAUUGGAUGAACCGUAGAGUGGUUGAGGAUGUCCACUGGCUUCUGGGAAAUUUGGAUGCUGCUGAUCUGGACUUAACAGUAGCCCUGGAGCUAUUGAGCAUGGACUUUGCUGAUGAAAGAGUGAGGAGACUAGCCAUUGAGAGAUUAGAAACUUUGUCCAACGAUGACGUACUGAAGUAUUUGCUGCAGCUGGUGCAGACGCUCAAAGUUGAACCUUACCACGACAGUUUCCUUGCUCGGUACCUCAUCCAACGAGCUUUGCGGAGCAAGAGAAUUGGCCACUUUUUCUUCUGGUACGUUCGCAGUGAAGUGGCAGGAUGUCCUUAUUUUCGCCAGCGCAUGGCUGUGAUUUUGGAGGCCUACCUGUUGGGCUGUGGACAGGCUUUAAUUGACAGCUUCACCCUGCAGGUCCAGGCUGUGGAGGCCAUGCAGAAAGCUGCAAUAGAGAUUAAGACUCAGUACCCCGACAAGACUGACCUCCCCCCUACUGCUCCUCUUAAGCUACAAGAGCUCCUGAGAGAAAGUAGUCUACCAGAUGAGUUUGUGUUGCCUUUUGAUCCUCGGGUCAAAGCAGGAAGGAUCCUGCUGGACAAAUGCAAAGUGAUGGCCUCAAAGAAGAAACCUCUGUGGCUGGAGUUUGCUCCCAUGCCUUCACCUACUUCUGCCACACCUGUAGGAAUCAUCUUCAAACAGGGGGACGACCUCAGACAGGACAUGCUGGUCAUCCAGACGUUGGUGGUGAUGGACUCGAUCUGGCAGGAGAAAUCCAUGGACCUCAACCUCGUCCCUUACGGCUGCAUCUCCACAGGACAUAACAUAGGUGUGAUUGAAAUUGUGAGGAAUGCAGCAACAAUUGCUGCGGUUCAAAGGAGCCAUGGAGGAACAACUGCAGCCUUCAGAAACGAUGCUCUGUUUGAGUGGCUCAGAUCAAAGGGCCCCCUCCAGGAAAUUCACUACCAGACUGUGGAGAAGUUUGUGAAGUCCUGCGCUGGUUAUUGCGUGGCCACAUAUGUAUUGGGUAUAGGAGAUCGACAUAAUGACAACAUCAUGAUUACAGACCAAGGAAACCUGUUUCACAUUGAUUUUGGCCACAUCCUGGGGAACAGGAAGCACUUCCUUGGUGUGAGCAGGGAACGAGUCCCAUUUGUCCUCACACCUGACUUCCUGUAUGUCAUGGGGAGGGUCAAAGGUCGAAACAGCCUGUAUUUUCAGCGCUUCAGAGACACCUGCAUCCAGGCAUACCUCUCCCUGCGCUCCCACUCCCGUUUGCUCGUCACCCUCUUCUCCCUCAUGUUGCUGACGGGUAUCCCAGAGCUGAGUGCUGCAGAGGACAUGCGCUACCUGCGGGAGGCGCUCCAGGAAGAGAAGAAUGAAGCAGAGGCCCAGAGGCACUUCCUUGAGCAGAUCUCAGUCUGUGAGCAGCACGGCUGGACUGUUCAGGCCAACUGGUGGAUCCACAUGGUGGCAGGCAUCAAGUAGUCUGUCAGAAUAAUGUAUUUCUAACCACUGUUACCAAUAAUGCAACUGCAGAUGUGGAAAAGAUGAAAAAUCUGUGUUAAUGUGUUCAUCUUUCAUUAGCUUUUUAAUUACCUCCACCAAGGAGGUUAUGUUUUUGCCAGCGUUGGUUUGUUUGUUUGUUUGUCUGUCCGUGUUCGAAGUAACUUGAAAAGUUAUCGAUGAAUUUGGAUGAAAUUUUCAGGAAAUGUUGAUACUGGCACAAGGAACAAAUGAUUAAAUUUUGGUGGUGAUCGAGGGGGGCGGUUUGAUCUGCCUUGGUUGAGGUCUACGCUCUCUGAGUGCUUUUCUAGAGUUUAAUAAUGUAUUGUUUUCUGUCACUGUGGUCACUAGAGUAGUAACUUGUGCAAAGAACAUUAAGUAACAGAGUGAACAUGUAUGGCAAGCUAAAAGUGAGAACAUUUUUUCAUAUUAGAUGUGUUUCAUGUGCACCAACCAUUACACCAUGAAUGACAGCAGGAAAUGUGAAUUUUAGUGCACAGCGCAUAAAAUUAUAGAAUAACAGAAAAAUCUCUUCUGAAUCUGCCAAAGUUGUCAAGGUAACAAAGGUGAGCUGACAACUAUGUGAGAACGUGUGUGUGGGAAAAGAAAUAUGAUGUGGCCCAUUUAGAUAAAUGUAGGGGAAGAUUAACGUCUUUGUCUAUCUGCUUAUUGUAGUGGAGGGAGGAAGCAUAAGAGGAGAAAAUGUUGAGUGAAGGGUGCAGCAUUGUGAGCAGUGACGUGCAGUGGGGUUCAUGGCUGGGGAGGCACUGACUCUUUCAGAGCCAGAUCUGCAAAUAUAUGGUGGCCUGACAAACUGGAAUAGAGAGAGUGAGCAAAAGGAAC